GUCGUUGACAUUACGUCAGUUCAAUAGUUUUCAGUUUUAGUGUGGCAUUUUUCCACAGUAAACAGACGUUUAGAAAGAAAUUGGUGGAAAGAAAGGAGAGUAUAGUUUUGGUUACUUUUGGUUUUGACCAAAAGACAUAUCGGUGUUUAAUGGUUUCGCUUCGAGAGAUCCUUCUCUCGGGCACGAAAAUGCCAUAGUAUGUUUGAGGUGCAUCAAUGUCAAGAGCGGCGAAGGAUGGUCUGCUGGAAGUCCUCAAGGAGGCAACAAACCGAGACUGUAACGGUAGAGACGAACAGGGAAUGACCCCGACCCUCUACGCCGCUUUCUACGGCAAUCUGGAAGCUUUGAGGCUCUUGUGCGGACGAGGCGGGGACCCCGACAAGGCCGACUAUUUCGGUAACACAGCUCUGCACCUGGCCGCUGCGCAGGGUCACGUGCGCGUGGUUACGUUCCUCGUCAAUUUCGGCGCGAAUAUUUACUGCACAGAUAUAGACGGUCGGACCGCGCAGGAAUUGGCCGGUAUUAACAACAGAGAGGACAUUUUGAGGUUCCUGGACGGCGUCUCCGCCAAGCUCGAGGCGAGCGACAAGCGCAAAGCGAAAACGAUGAAAGAAAAGGCGAAGGAAAGCGCGAAAAAGCGGAUAAAGGAAUAUAACAAGAGAAAGGCGAAAACCGAGCAACUGCACGAAAAACUCGAACGGCGCAAAACGAAAGAAUACAAACCUUCGAUGAUAAAUACGAUAAAGCAGCGUAUCAAGAGCGGUUCCAUGUCGAAUUUGUCGAACGUGCCGCCCGAAAGACGCAACACUUUUAGCGACAUCGUGAUGGGCGGAACGGUGAAAGGCACCAGGCCAAUGGGCACCGUCCAGCGAAAGAUUUUAGCGAACAAAAACAGCAGACUCGGUCAAAUGGCGGACGACGAUUUUAAGAUCAGUACGAUCCAAGACGGCAAGAGUUCGGUGAGUAAACUGACAGGCAUCAGGCGGGAUUCGGAGGUGAUGUACGGGGGCACUUUGCAACGUACCGCCUUCGAACCGCACAGAAGGGGCCGUCUCGAUGGCAUUUUCAACGAGGCGGAAGACGUGGACGGUCCAGGCGGAACUCCGCCCCCGAGUAACGGAAUGAUCAGGAGCAUGUCUCAGCCCGAUUUCCUGGCCGAGCUGGAACGGAACGGGGACAAGCCCGCUCAAGAACCUUCUAGCAUCUUUAUACGCCCUGGUAUGGGCAGUAUUGUUAUUAGAAAGAGUCUGAAUACGUUCGGCAGUUUCUAUCAGGGUGUCAAUCGCCAGGAGGAAAGUUCCAUAGGGUCGGGAGAGAGCUACGGCCAUAGCAGGGUAAUUACCGACGACGAAUUAUCUGAUUCGGAAACUAGCGAGGAGGAUAAUCCUAACGCGCCCCUGGAAAGGUUCUUAACCGCGUUCGGAUUGGGAGAGUACUUGACCCGAUUCGAGGAACAGAAGAUUGAUCUGGAUACAUUGCUUAUAUUAACUGAAAACGACCUCAAAAGCCUCAACUUGCCUUUAGGACCGUAUAGGAAACUCGUAAACGCUAUAAACGAACGCAAAGCCGCGUUAGAGAACCCCGGUGAAGUUACUGACAGUAUGCUGUAAUGUUUUCCUUUUCAGCGUCUAUUUCCGCGCAAACGGUUUAUAUAAUUUAUAUUCUUGGCCAAAAAACAAUAUAUUUUAUUUA